AACGCUCGUAAUGUUGUGUUGUGAAGUUUGUAGUAUAAAAGUUGGUGCAAAUUUUGAAAAUAUCGUUAGUUAUCUAAACACAGUUUGGAACUACAGUUUGGUUAGCUUUGUCUACACAAUUUGAUUUUAAAUUAAGCAUAAAUUACAACAAAAUGAAGGUUUUCGUAUGCCUGUUUGCUUUAGUGGCUGUUGCCCAAGCUGGAUUUUUGGGUCUUGGCGGUGGUAGCUCUAGUGGCUACAGUUAUGGCGUUGGUGGCGGUCAUUCUGGUGGCUACUCCGGUGGUCACUCAGGUGGCUACUCCGGCGGUCAUUCCGGUGGCUACUCUGGUGGCUACUCUGGUGGUUACUCUGGCGGUCACUCCGGUGGCAGCAGCGCUUCUAUUGUCAAGGUAGUCCAUGAAUCUGGUCAUGAUGCCGGUUUCGGUGGUGGUUUCGAUGGCGGUUACAGCGGUGGUUUCGAUGGCGGCUAUGGCGGUGGACACGGUGGUGUUGAAGAUGUUAAAAUCGUUAAAGUUAUCUCUCACGGUUCCUCCGGCGGUCAUGGCGGUUACUCUUCCGGCGGUCAUGGUGGUUUCUCUGGCGGUCAUGGUGGUUUCUCUGGUGGCCACGCUGGCGGUGAAGUCAAAAUCGUUAAAGUAGUCCAUGAAGAUGGUGGUUUCGCUGCUGGCGGUCAUGGUGGCUUCUCUGGUGGUGAUGCUGGCUACUCUUAUGGUGGUGGUUUCUCCUCCGGCGGUCAUGGUGGUUUCUCCUCCGGUGGUCACGGUGGUUUCUCCUCCGGUGGUCAUGCUGGCGGUGAAGUGAAAAUCGUUAAGGUCGUCAGUGGUGGCAGCUCCGGUUACAGUGGUGGCAGCCUUGGUGGCGGUUGGUCCUCUGGUGGUCAUGGUGGUUGGUAAAUCUAAUCACCACAUUGACUAACUUUCCAGUCAAAGAAACACAUCUGCCAUUGCUUUGUUAAAUCAAUCUAAUCUUUAAUCUUUUGUGAUAUAUUUCCAAUUUUAUUACUUUGUUCCUGUUUCCACACCAUUCACCUCUAUUGGUUGGCUACUAAAACCAAUCAUUUUGUUGCUAGUUUUUUAAGUUUCAACGUGUAGACAUUAAUAAUGUUGUUAUUAAUUAAAACAUAUUUUUUUAAUUGUUGACCAAAAAAUAAAUAAAAUUACAAAAAAAUUUUAAAACAAA